ACUUGCCACGCCUUUUUUUUUUCUCUUUCUCGUUUCUCAUUUCUCACGUGUCUCCUUUUUGAGCUAACUCCAUUCUUAUAUGAACUGCUACUUCCUUCGCUUCUUUAUUUCUUUCCAAUUCCAGAAUAUUCCAACUCUCUGCGAUCUUUUCUUUUCUCCUCGAACGUCCUAUGCUACGCGAGGAUCAGGUUCCAGAAUAAUACUGGUGGUCUCCAACAACUGAAUAGCGUUCUGUUCUCUGAAAUUCAUUGGGAGCCAAUUCCGUCUCUAGGUCAUCUUCUCUGAAUCGGAAUUCGCCACGAGGAGCUGAAAUUGUGAAUGAAUGAACGUCGAAAAAACAUGAAUGUCAGGAGAAAGAUCGGGAAGUAUGAGGUGGGGCGAACUAUUGGUGAAGGCACGUUCGCCAAGGUCAAGUUCGCCAGAAAUUCUGAAACAGGGGAGAGCGUGGCCAUUAAAACUAUGGCUAAGACCACCAUUCUCCAGCACAGAAUGGUUGAGCAGAUUAAAAGAGAGAUAUCGAUUAUGAAGAUUGUCAGGCAUCCUAAUAUAGUUAGAUUGCACGAGGUUUUGGCUAGCCAGACCAAGAUUUACAUAAUCCUUGAAUUUGUGAUGGGAGGGGAACUAUAUGACAAAAUUGUUCAGCAGGGAAGGCUUUCUGAAAAUGAAUCUAGACGCUAUUUUCAACAACUUAUAGACGCUAUUGAUCAUUGUCAUAAAAAGGGUGUGUACCAUAGAGACCUGAAGCCUGAAAACCUCCUUCUCGAUGCUUUUGGAAAUUUGAAAGUUUCUGACUUUGGAUUGAGUGCAUUGACUGAAAAGGGUGUUGGCCUUCUUCACACCACUUGUGGGACCCCAAAUUAUGUUGCCCCUGAGGUGAUCGGAAAUCGAGGAUAUAAUGGUGCUGCAGCUGACGUUUGGUCAUGUGGGGUCAUCCUAUAUGUUCUACUAGCCGGAUAUCUUCCUUUUGAGGAGCCUGACCUUCCAACUUUGUACAGAAGGAUCAAUGCUGCAGAGUAUGUCUGCCCAUUCUGGUUUUCUGCUGAGACAAAGUCAUUCAUACAUAAAAUUCUAGAUCCUAAUCCAGAAACAAGGGUGAAAAUUGAAGAAAUAAGGAAAGUUCCAUGGUUCCAGAAAAACUAUUUUCCUGUCAAACUCAAGGAAUGUGAGCAAGUAAAUUUGGAUGAUGUUCGGGCUGUUUUUGAUGAUAUUGAGGACCAAUAUGUUGCUGAAAAGUCAGAAAUUACCGAGGGAGGAGGUCCUUUCAUAAUGAAUGCAUUUGAGAUGAUUUCCUUAUCACAAGGAUUGAAUCUUUCACCAUUGUUUGAUAGGCACCAGGAUUAUGUAAAGCGACAAACACGUUUUGUCUCCCGUAAACCAGCAAAAGUUAUAAUUUCUUCUGUUGAAGCUGUUGCAGAGUCAAUGGGUCUUAAGGUCCAUUCUCGCAAUUACAAGGUGAGGCUAGAAGGUGUUUCUGUAAACAAGGUUGGGCAACUUGCGGUGGUCUUGGAGGUUUUUGAAGUCGCUCCAUCCCUUUUCAUGGUUGAUAUUCGGAAGGCAGCUGGGGACACUUUUGACUACCACAAGUUUUACAAGAGUUUUUGUUCCAAACUCGGAAACAUUAUUUGGAGACCGGCAGGGACCAUUCCAAAUUCUAACACGCUUAAGCAAAUGACUGUAUAAUCCAAUCCUUGAAGUUAUGAACGAUGCAAAUCUGCUUAGAAGUGCACCGAGAGCUUCAGCUGGUCUCCGAGUAUCCUAAAAAGCUGACAAGCUUUGUUGCUAUCAUAAUGCAACGUGCAAUGCAUGAAUAGUAUUGUGAACGGGUGUCGUUGUCAACUUACCACAUGGCUUGGCUUGGCUUAAUAAAUCUACCCCACGAUGGUUUACAAAAUCCAUCCAUCAUUGGGUUCUGGGAGAAAUGUAUAAAGAAUAAAAACAAAAUACGUGUUUGAUUAAGUAUGAAGUUAAAUCUACUCAGAUUUGAGUAUGUAAAUGUUAACGUAAUUAUAUUUUUAACCAUAGUACUACCAUGAUUUUGUGGGGUCCAAAUGUACUGAACCCAAAAUUACGCGUUUUAUUUGAGAUUUGUCGGAGCACUA